UUGUCCUAUUCGUUGAGCUAUGUAACAUAAACUGAAAGUCUAAAAUAACCCCCAUUGAGUAUGACCAGCUGAAUCAAUCAUAAUCUUCAGAUAAGCAACACUUCCAGUUUUCACCUUUUUUUUUUUUCUUUUUUCUUUUUUCUUUUUUGUAGCUUUGAAGGUAUCUUUCUUAGUUUGGAUCAUAAAUCAUUGAUUAUGGAAAUGGUCUGGCAUUAUCCAUAUUUAUAUUCUGAUAAUAUACACUUAUAAACUAUAAUUAGUCAAAUCACCCUUAUAAUUCUCAUAAAUCAACGGUUUGAAGUGUUUUAGCUUAAUGUUCUGUAUCUGUAUUAUUAUCUAUAAAUUUAGGCACUUAAUUAUAUGAAAUAAAGCAUAUUUAUUUUAGCAUAUAGUAUUAUAUUUAUCAUGUACAGAUGUGCUCAAGUUGACAAUAAAAGAGUAGACGGUUGUGGGGCCUCAAUAAGUCGUGGUACCCACAAACUCUCACACCAUAUAGGGUCAACCAUCAACUGCCAUUCCCUCCCAAAAUUAACGGCCAUCUAAAAUUUAAAUAGAAGAAAAAAAAUAAAUUAGAAGAAAAUAUAAUUUUCCAGAUUUUUCAAUCAAAAUUUCAGGCAUCUCUAAUUUCAGACCCUUAUUUUCUCCAUUGUUUUCGCUUCUCUUUCCCACCAUAUCCUCAUCUUUCUUUCUCUCUCCUCUCUUGUCUUUCUGUUUUGCUUAUGACAAAAUUGUAAGGCCAUUUGUUUUUUCUGAUCUCCCCCGAAAACAAAUAAAUAAAAAUAAAAAUAAAAACUCGAGGGGGGAAAGAAUGGAGAAGAAUUCUUUUGCAUCCAAGUCUAGUAGCUUUAAUGAUCGGAGUGGUUCUUCAAAGAAAGAAAAAUCUACACGUCUUAGCAAAUCCUCUAGUUUUAGUGUUCAUGUAGAUCGUCGCCUUCCUCGUCCUCCUCAAAGAACCCGUUCUUCCAAUGACGCUGUGUUGAUCCAGGCGGCUUCUGACGUGAAGGAGAUAGAAAAUGGUGGUGAGGUAGAGGAAGUUCAUCAUCAACCUACUUUGGAAGAACUCAAUGAGGAAAUCGAUGGCAUCAUCGAGAAGCUCUCCUCAAUGGAGGACAACUCGAAUCUCCCUGGGAUUUCUUGGACAGUUGAGACCUUUGCCAAGAUGGUUCAGGUGGAGAUUGAAAGGUAUGAUUCAUCAGAGUCUACGUUGAAGUUCGGGCAGGAUGUUGAUCAAAACAACGUAUUGAUCAAUUCGGUAAGUAGGUUGUCGAAAUUGUCCAAUCUGUUAAGUAAAUUCUCAUCUGAUGAGAAUGUAAAAAAAUUAAGCUCGUCCCUUAGCCUCACUACACUCGUUGUCCAAAGAGCAAUGACUUUCAUGGAGGAGGAGCUUCGAAUCAUUCUAGAAGAUUCCACAAACCCUUCUAGACGCUCUUCCGCCAAGCCAGAAGCUACGGAUUCUAAUGAGGAAGGAUCUGAGGAGGACAAGUAUCCAAUGAUUGGCGAGGAAAGUAUAUCUAACAUGAGGAAGAUUGGUUCGUUGAUGAUCUCUGCAGGGUAUGAAACCGAAUGUUGCCAAGUAUAUAGUGUUCUUCGAAGAAAUGCCUUCAAGGAAGCUAUGCAACGAGAAGGGUUUGAAAAACUAAGCAUCGAUGAAGUGCAAAAGAUGCAAUGGGAGUCUCUUGAGGGGCACAUUGGCAAUUGGAUCAAAAUUGUCAAGUAUGUGGCAAAUGUCCUCUUACCCGGUGAGAAGAAACUCUGCGAUUCUGUCUUCUCGAAUGAGCACCCAUCGAUCAGUGAUGCCAUGUUCUCUAACCUUGCUCGGUCAGCGGUCAUCCUCUUCCUUAACUUUGCUGAGGCAAUUUCCUUGACAAAGCGUUCGGCUGAGAGGUUGUUCAAGGUGAUUGACAUUUAUGAUACUUUAACUGACCUUAUUACCGCCCUUGAUAAAAUGUGCUCUAAGGAAUGCGCCAAUGAGCUGAGGUCUGAGUUAUCUUCUGUGAGACGGCGUUUAGGGGAAGCUGCUGUUUGCAUCUUCUGUGAUCUCGAGAACUCCAUCAAAAACGAUGUUGCAAGGAACCUAGUUCCUGGAGGGGCUGUCCACCCACUGACUCGAUACACAAUGAACUACUUGUGGUAUGCUUGUGAUUUCAAAGACAGCCUCGAGCAAGUCUUUUCUCUUCACCACAUCACUGGACUGAAUUUGGAAGCCCUAGAGCCGAGAAGAGAGCAUCAGGAUGAGGAGGACAACCACAACAACAAGAACCAAGGCCCGAAACAAACACCAUUUGCUGCCGAGCUAAUGACAAUCAUGAGCCUUUUAGAUGCAAACUUAGAGGCAAAGUCUAAGCUAUACAAAGAUCCUUCAUUAAGAUACAUCUUCUUGAUGAACAAUGGGAGAUACAUUCUGCAAAAGAUCAAGGAAUCAGCCGAAAUCCACGAUUUGGUUGGGAAUAAUUUUUGUAGGAAAAGAUCAUCUGAGUUAAGAGGAUAUCAUAAGAGUUAUCAAAGAGAGACAUGGAGUAGAGUACUACAGUGCUUAAAUCAAGAAGGAUUGCAGGUUAAUAAUAAGGUUCAAAAGCCGGUACUAAAGGAGAGGUUCAAGGCUUUUAACCAAAUGUUUGAUGAAAUUCACAAGACACAAAGUGCCUGGGUGGUGAGUGAUGAACAACUUCAAUCGGAGCUUCGAGUUUCCAUUUCAGCUGUUAUGAUUCCGGCUUAUAGGUCGUUCUUAGCAAGGUUCGGACAACAUUUUACCCACGGAAGGCAGCGCGAGAAGUAUAUCAAGUAUCAACCCGAAGAUAUCGAGAGUACUAUCGAAGAGUUGUUUGAUGGGAACCAAAACUUGUCCAUGGCUAGAAGGAAAAACUAGCCCCUCAUCUUGCAAAGGAGGGAGAUUAAGGAGAUAAAUGGUUUGUUUUCUUCUAUUAUUGUUUUUCAAACGAAGUUUUUUUGUCAUUACUAAGUUUGUAAACAUUCAUUUUGGUGUACUAUGAAAUGCAAUUUUGCUCAAGACAGGCUUCAUAGCUUUUUGAGUAUCCUACUAUUUGUAUAGAGAUUUCUUGUUUCAUAUAAUAUACGAUGAAAAAAUU